UCGUCUGCGGCGUGAGUGUAAUCUUGUUUUGUUUGUUUUCCUCUACGAAACGUUUACCAAGCAAUUAGCGCAGAUUAGAUAAGAUUAGUUGGCGCAUUUUGCAAGUGAUAAUAACAUAAUUAAAGCUGUACACAAAAAAUACACGUGCGUGGUGCAACCGCGCAGAUCAAUAAAAUCACCAUGGCGGCACACAAUGCUCCAUUCCACACGGCGCACGCCACCGCCGCCGACCGGAACGUAGUUAUCACUCUGCAAUGUAGCAUCGUCAAGUUUCAGUCUCAGCCUAACAUAGAAAUAUUAUUUAACACUCGUCUUCUUAAAUAUCAACUGUGAAACGUGAAUUCAAGAAAAAAGAAAAGGAAUAAUUUAUGGAGUUGAAGGGAAUCCAUAGUGACUCAUACCAUUGAUUGUUGUCAUCUGUAAAGUAAACAACAACAACAAAAACAAAUCUGAUUAAUCCCAUAAACGGAAAGUGCAACGCUAGUCAUUUGUGUGUUUAGAUAAAUUAAUUAAAUACGUAAUUAUUUAAUUGUUAAGUAGUAUAAAAUUAUCGAAAUGAAUAAAUUUGAGUCGACACCAAGUUUGGGGUACUCGUACCAUCUGCCCACAGCUGGUUUGGCCCUGAAGAUUCGUAAUAGUCUGGCACAGUUCAGCGAAUUGUUUAGUGAAUUUAACAAAUACAUCGCGCCGGCCUAUCACCAUGACCGAUGCGAAAGGUCAGUGCAAAUGCGUUUGUAUUCCAUGCACAAACGUGAAUUUGUGAUGGUGUUUGUGGCGUUCUUUGCGCUGUUUGGAUUGGCGUUGUUUAUUGGACUUGCGGGUCCUCCAAUCACACUGAAAACUGCCAUCAAUGGCAGAAAUCUCCUGCAGAACAAACAAAAUCAUUCAGUAAACGCUAACGACAUUGCCACUGGACCAUUCACGAUGCGAACACCAUUAUUAAAUACUUAUUGUCAACAAUUAUGGUUGAUAGCGAAAAUGAGCACAAACAAUGCGGAUGAUGAAACUUUUGAUCAUACUUUUAAAAUAAACGUAAACAUCGAAGGACUCACCGAAGAACACAAACCCGUUCAAAUAUUACACAGCAGAAAUUCGAAAAAUCGGACACGGCAUUUAAGGUGUCGCUUACAGGAAUGUGACGAAUUCAUUGUCCUCCACUUAGGCUUCCUCGAUUACCAGCAUUAUAUCAUCACGCUGAACUUCUACGAGUUAAAGUCGUUUCAUCAGCGUUAUGAGAUUAAGGAUCUAACGUUCUUUUUUAUCACUUACAAUCCGGGAUUCACACAAAUUGAGAUCUGGUUUAGAUUUAUCUUCUUGCUAGCAACAUUUAUAAUAACCUGUUGGUUCGCUCACACGUUAAAACGUUACGCGAUUUCCGAUUGGUCCAUUGAGCAGAAAUGGAUGUCCCUAUUAUUGCCAAUGCUGCUCUUUUACAACAACCCCAUUUUUCCGCUGAUGUUCUUAGUGAACUCGUGGCUACCAGGAAUGUACGACGCAAUGGCUCAGGCCACAUUUCUCGCCGCAUUGCUAUUAUUCUGGCUGUGCGUUUAUCACGGCCUUAGACAAAAUGAACGGCGUUUUAUGGUCUUUUAUCUGCCGAAACUAAUCGUUGUUGGAAUGUUGUGGUUUGCCGCCAUUAUUCUCGGCACAUGGGAGCGGUACAACGAAAUGCAGGAUCCUACCUAUAGUCAUAUUGUUGACACAAACAACUAUUACCGGUUGAAAGUGUUCUUCUUCGUGUCAGGCGGUAUUUACAUAACCUAUCUUUUACUCCUCUUGCUGAGGGCGUAUACAGAACUACGAUCGAUGCCGUUCUUUGAUAUGCGGUUGAAAUUCCUUACGUUGCUGAUGCUCGUCGUGCUGUUCAUCAGUCUGAUCAUCACUGCGCUGCGAUUUGGAUUCGGUGUACUUGAAGAUAAUUUCGUUGCGCAAUUAUCAACGCACUACAAUAGUAGCGCACAGUUUAUGUCAUUCUACGGAUUACUAAACUUUUAUGUCUAUGCCAUGGCGUAUGUGUAUGCACCGGGUAAUAAAUCACUACAAGACUCUGGCAUAACCAAAGAUAAUCCAGCCUUCUCGAUGAUAAACGACAGCGACGAGGACGUGAUUUAUGGUUCGGACGAAGAGAGCCGACGGCCGCUGACGCGCCCACAUCAGGACGACGAUAGUGAUUGAAAUAUAAUGAUAUUCAAAUGUUUUACAUGAUCAUAUAUAUAUGAAACGUGUUUAAAUAAUACCUUAAUACCUGUUCAAUUGCCAUCCUAAUGAGAUUGGAGCAUUUAUUAUAUUAAUAAAUCACUCCCGCAAUGUU